AUGGCCCCCAAGCAGCCGAACACUGGUCUCUUUGUGGGGCUGAACAAGGGGCAUGUCGUCACCAAGAGGGAGAUAGCCCCCCGUCCCUCGGCUUGGAAAGGGGUACGAACUGGUGGACACUGAGUCUCAUACUCCUCACCAAGAGCGUUAGGAGAGUUGUUUCCACUGCGGCGACGCCAGAUGUGGCGGGGUCUCUGGUUUCCGUGAGUCUCCUUGCCUAGUUGGGCGUGAUCUGAUCCAGAAAACGAGCAAGAGGGUGCACUUUGUGAGGAACGUGAUUAGGGAAGUCGCGGGUUUCGCUCCAUACGAGAAGAGGGUAACUGAGCUCCUCAAGGUCGGUAAAGACAAGCGAGCUCUCAAGUUGGCGAAGAGGAAGCUGGGCACUCACAAGAGGGCCAAGAAGAAGCGUGAGGAGAUGGCCGGCGUCUUGAGGAAGAUGAGGUUCGUCUCAUCCUAUCCCUUCACUAACAUACUCUCUAUCUCCGGUUCUAUUUUCCUUUCUCUUCAUGGAUGAUUACAUGAAUAUGACUAUAGUUUGGGCUAAUUGGGUGUGUAAAUAUCACUAAUUGGCAAUAUAAAUCAAGAAAUAUAUUAUCAAAGUACAUAAUUUUUUUUAGGGGGAAGAACUUUUGAUGAAGUAUCGCUUUCAAAAAAGUAUUAUUUACUGCACUGUUGGGGAAGAACCCAAGAAAAGCGAUGGAUCUUGCUGGGAAAUUGGUAGAUAUGAUAUAAUAUUGCUUCAGUGGGGCAUCACUCUCGGCAAUGUCGCCAAGAAAACCCAGAUCAUAAUUUUUUUAUCUCAUUUAAAUUAAUUUUAUUUAUUUUUAUGGAAACUUACCUGCAAAAAAAGUCAAGCCGACUAAUUUUCAUUGGGACUUCUAUGUGGAUCUCCUUGUCAACGAUCUAAUACUGCCAUUAUUGCCUCAAUUUCUGUUCCAAGGAAAAAAAAAUCUGAUGGGUUCCUCAUCUGUGGCAAAAAAAUGAUCAGAUAGUACUGUGGCUCCCCAUUUUUCUCCUUUUACUGUGCCCCUCAUCCGAGCUGAAUCCCCCGGUUGACUUAUUGCUUAUUGGUCCGAAAAAAGGGAUGAGCUGCUUUCUUAUAGCUUAUAUGAUCUGAAUAUGAUUCCGCAGAUUGAUUUCUUCAGGAACCCAUGGUUGACUUUAUCUCCUCGUUGUUCCUCAUCUGAGCAGAUUCCGUGAAAUGAGUGAAUCAUCGGUUAUUUUGACUUCUGAUCCCAUGGCUGCUUGUUUAGUCAACGAUUCAUGAGAUCACUGACUGUAGCACCCUCCUUUGCAUGGCUCUGCAGGUCUGCAGCUCUUCGUCGAUGAUCGAUGGCUCUUAGGAUCUCGUCGUUGCCAUUCUGGGUAAAGAUAGGAAUUUUAGAUCGGGUCCGUUUUGUCUGUCUUGGUUCGUCUGUUUGACCGUCUCGAAAUGGCGUCAAACUUUCGGAUGUUAUUCUUGUAAUUUCCCUGUUUUAAGGUGGGUAGGGGUUGUCUCUUGUGUCGGUCAACGAGCGCCGGGCCACGUGGCUGGCUGUGGUUGGGCCAAGGCUGCAUGCUUGUGGCUGAGUGGGGGGCUUUGCCACUUAUCGGGCUUAUUUCACCCGUCUUAGUUCAUUAUACGUCGGAUUCGGGUCCGCUCGGAUUAUGUGGCUGCGGUUGUGGAGGUAGGUCCACCUCAUGAGUUCGCGAUUUUCUCCAGUAUAAAUGAAAGGCGCGUUUCCCGCCCGCGCCUUGGGUGCGGGGGGGGGGGGGAGAGAGGGAGAGAGAGCAGGGAGAGAUGGGGAGACGUCUGCAUAGCGGCUGCGAGAUCUGCUCCCGAUCUCCUCCGACGGCGUGGCUUCGCCGCCAACGGAAGCUCCAGGAGGUCGUCAGGCGUCACGAGGAGUGCAGGACGGUGUUCCGGGACCUUAG